GGAAAUGAGAAUUUCGAAAUCCAAGACCAAGACAACAUGGAGCGGCGAUGGAGCAGCAUUCGACAGGACGGAUUCAUCGCGCACGGCCACGUAUUGUGGGUUGGGCCCAAAGUUGUGUACCGCGUGACCAUUGAAACGACAAUCAUGCUCGACAACGGAGAAGACGUCAUGUGGGUAGCUGCAAUCAGCAAGUCGAAGCUUGAAGCGUUCCAACACGAAAUCCAGUCGCUCUUGCGGGCCAUCGAUACCCCAACGGGACCUCGGAGCCAUGAUGGCGAGGUAGAAGCCUUGAUCCGUCAAGUCCAGCAAGAAGUGAAUCGCGUGCUUGGCGCCAACUUCGCCGACGCGGCCGUGAACCACAAGGGUGCCAACAUCGAGAGCUUUGCGACGUCGCUAUUGAACGUGUUUGGGCUGCUGACGAGCAUGCCAGUCGACUACGUCGACACGUCACUGCUCAUGAAUGAAAUGCUGAGGUUUUACGUGCUCCUGCGCAAGUUUCUUGGCAUCCCCGAUGGUGUCCAGCAUGCUCGAAAUAAGCUCGCGUUGGCGGUGCUGAGUAUGAAGGACGUGGAUGACGCGCCCGGGAUUUGUUGGGACGGCUGCUGCAGCAUUUGCCUUGAGGCAUGGGACAACGUGCCAAACCUGCCAACCGUGAAGCUUCCGUGCGACCACGUUUUCCACGAAGACUGUGUCAUGAUAUGGAUUCGACAAAGUGUCAAGUGCCCUGUGUGCCGGGCGCUCAUCGCGCAACUUUCCCUCAGUUAAGUAGGUAGCGUAGCUAGCCCCGUAUUUAAUCGCAUGUAGUAGCCUCAAUCGAGUCCAUAUCCUAACCGUGC